UGCAGAGUGCCCAUUUUUCUCCCAAGACAACCUACAGGAGAAGGCUGCAACCCAUCAGCCUUGACUGACUGACAUCACUGCAAGAGUGUGGAACCAAGCGAGCAAAAAUGGUUUCUCAGGGGAUUCAGAUGAUUGGUAUAUCGUUGGCUGUGAUUGGCUGGUUCUUGGUCAUCGUGGUGUGCGCCUUGCCCAUGUGGAAGGUCACCGCUUUCAUCGGGGCCAACAUCAUCACGGCUCAGACCAUCUGGCAGGGCAUGUGGAUGAACUGUGUGGUGCAGAGUACUGGCCAGAUGCAGUGCAAGGUGUAUGACUCCAUGCUGGCUCUGCCCCAAGACCUGCAGGCCGCUCGUGCCAUGAUCAUCAUCUCCAUCCUGGCUGGAAUCUUUGGACUGAUCUUGUCUAUCGCUGGCGGGAAAUGCACCAACUGCAUCGAGGAGGAGCAAGCCAAGUCGAAGGCUUGCAUCAUGGCUGGAGUUUUGUUCAUCAUCUCGGGGUUGCUCUGUCUCAUUCCAGUCUCCUGGUCUGCCAACACCAUCGUCAGCGACUUCUACAACCCGCUGAUGAUCGAAUCCCAGAGGUAUGAGUUGGGAGCAUCGCUGUACAUCGGCUGGGCGGCUGCUGCACUGCUGCUGUUGGGAGGGGGGCUACUGUGUUGGAACUGCCCUCCCAAAAAUGAACACCCCCACUACCCAUCCAAAUUCACACCUGUGAAGUCAUCCUCCUCAUCAAGAGAAUACGUAUAGGAUGUUUAGCACUUCUUAAAUGGACCUUUGAGGUCACAGGAAUUUGGAAGACUUGAGAGAAAUCAUAAAAACUUAAAACUUAUUUAUUCUCUGGCAAUGUAAGUACUGCAUAAAAUCACAGCUUGCCACAAGCUGAAUGCUGAGUUUAGAUUGCGGUUAGUGUAUGUGUCUUUGACCUUUCUCACAGCGGACAUUUUGUCUUGUCAAGCAAGUGUAACUAACAGGAUAAACAAUGACUGCAUCUCAUUUAGUAGUGCCAGCGGGGAUUGUGCAUGCUGGCUCACUGUCACACCUAGAUGGAACAAAUUCACCAUCAAUGUUAUCAUUGUGCUGUUUCCUGCUAUGAUAAGUCAACAGUCUACUUAAACACCAAACAGGAACUUGGCAUAUGUUUAGGACUCAAAAUGGAAGAGCCUUUUUAAAAAUUUUAAAUCAUGUACUGUGUCUGGAUGAUGAGUAACUAGAAUGUAAAUCAUGAUCAUAAUUAAUCUGUGUAAAUAUUUAGUCAGAUUGUUGUAAGGGAUUCACAGUGUAACGUUUCUUUAUUGUCAUUCAGAUAGUAACAUCUCAACAAAUAAAGACAAAAAAACAUACUUCAAGUAUAACUUAUUAGUUUUAUAAGUUUGCAUUGAUUAGAUCUGUCUUAGAAAAAAUAAGUAAACACUGUUGGUGAAGGAAAAUCUAUGCAUUUUUAUCUGUUGUCCAUUUUCACACAGCCUGCAAAUUCUUCAAAUUAAGUUUCUGAAUCUUGUAAUGUUCUGUUACUGUAAAUAAAUUAUAUAAUCACUGGGUGA